AUGUCUGCUCUGAGAUGCGUUACACGAACCGCGCGAAGCCUCUCAGGACCUGCUGUGUCCCGAAGAUUGGCAACAGUUGCGAGCGACAGUCCGAUCACUUAUACCUCGGAAGGCGCUGUCUCUAUAUCGUACCCCACUUUGGUGAACUCCCCUCUGUCAUUGACUACUUCCAUUGCAAAGGCAUUCGGCUCACAGCCAGACUGUCUGGGAAUCGUGGUCGUCCGCGAUCUUCCGUCAAGCUAUGUUGUUGCGAGGGAAAGACUACUCAAGCUCGCCUAUUGUUUCGCAAACCUCGACCACGAAGUAAGGGAGCAUUAUGCGGACCCGCGAAGUAAAUACAGUUUCGGGUGGUCGCAUGGCAAGGAGACCAUGAAUGGCAGACCCGAUACCCUAAAGGGAUCGUACUACGCGAAUCCAAUUGUGGACACCCCUGAUGUGACCGCAGGGCAGCGUGAGGCGUACCCAGAGUACCAUGGGACAAACAUCUGGCCUACCAACGAUUUACAUGGAUUAGAAGGCUUCGAGGAUGCAUUCAAGAUUUUGGGCAGAUUUGUGUUCAAGGUCGGCACAGAAUUGGCGACCGCCUGUCAGCCCUUUGCCUCCUCACACCUCACGGAUACCUCUGUCUCGUUGGCGGAUCUCAUUAGAACCUCACAGACAACUAAGGCCCGCCUACUGCACUACUUCGCACCCUCUUCAGAUGCUGCGCUUCCCGCAGAAGAUGAGCCCAUCGACAGUUGGUGUGGAUUCCACAUCGAUCAUUCUCUUCUCACAGGACUAUGCUCGGCGAGUAGUCUCCGUGAGUCCUAUCAUGCGAUGUUCGUUCGUCCAGGUCCAGCAGGGAAACCUGUCAUCAUACAGAGCCCUUCUCCGACAUCGGGUCUUUACAUCAGGACUCGCGGAGGCGACCUGACCAAGGUUUCCAUCCCCUCGGAUUGCCUCGCUUUCCAAACCGGUGAGGCCCUAGAGCUUGCCACGGCAGGCAGUCUGCGCGCGACGCCACAUUGCGUCCGCGUUGGCGCAGGUGCGGGUACGGAUAGUGUCUCCCGCGAGACGUUUGCGCUCUUCAUGCAACCAGACACGAACCAGCGGAUUGCGGCCUCGGAGACCUUCGGCCAAUUCAGCAAGCGCGUAUUCGAACGGCAUUACGGGCAGGAAGCUGCUGCACAACAAUGAUCGCUGGAGAAGAAGGGGUUCGGUAUUAUGGGUUCUAUGCUACAUCGUUAUCGUCAUGGGGUUACUUGUAGGUAUGGCAUUGAAACAAAGCAAGC